CAGCUCGCCCGACUUCUUUCCACUUUCGACGGGUAGGUUUUUGCAGACGGAAGGUGAAAAGAUUUUCUGCAUAGAAAAUUGCAAAUUGUAACAUCUACAACCGUGUGUGCUGCACAAAAGACAUUUAAAAGUAGUUUGCACAAUAGUGCACAAGCGCAGGCACGUAUUGCAAUUGUGGAUAGACAGUUUUUAACCGUAAAAUCAGCGCUGGAACUGGAAAGUAAUUGUGUGCUUGCCAACGUCGAAGGCUGUGGGAGCAGGAAAGGUUGGAACCGUCGAGAAAUCGUUGUGGUCGCGCUCGCUAUAAUUGUUUGCUUUUGCCCGAUAUUCGUGGAAAUAGAGAUACGCGCGCUGUUGGCAAACAUUUAUAUAUACACACAGCUUUAUUAUUUUCUCGGAAAGUUUGGAGUCUUUUUUUUUUGAUCAUUUUGUAACGUGAGUGUGGGUGACUAAGUAGAGCAACAUGAGUGGGGGAUUGCCGGAGUUGGGCUCGAAAAUCAGCCUAAUUUCGAAGGCGGACAUCAGGUAUGAGGGCCGCUUGUACACGGUGGAUCCGCAGGAGUGCACCAUUGCUCUCUCAAGUGUGCGAUCCUUCGGCACAGAAGACCGUGACACACAGUUCCAGAUCGCGCCGCAGUCGCAGAUCUACGACUACAUUCUCUUUCGGGGCUCGGACAUUAAGGAUAUUCGCGUCGUCAACAAUCACACGCUGCCGCACCACAAUGAUCCGGCGAUUAUGCAAGCCCACCUGCAGAAUGGCCCGCCCCAAGUCAUGCCGCAGCACUUUCCCAUGCCGAAUUCCAUGAACGCACCGCCUCAGCAGCAGCAACAGCAACAUGGCGCCCCGUCCAUGGGUGGAUCCAGCGGAGGUCCGGCUCCUGGUGCCCCAGGUGCCAGCUAUGGCAACGGCAAUCCAUUUGGCAAUCUGGGUGCUCCCAACCUAGGAAUGGUGGGCAAUUCAGGCGGCGGCUCUUUGGCGCCCGGUGCUGGAGCACCAGGCGGAGGACCCUUCAUGCACAUUGGCGGCAAUCAGCAACAGCAGCAGCCAAAGCCCCAGCAGCAGCAGAAGCAAUCAAUUUCCGUUUUAGACAUGCUUGCCGGCGCCUCACGAUCGACGACGCCCAUUAGCCUGAUCGUCAGUCCUACGGCGGAGCUGACCCAACAGCAGCAGUUGCAUCAGCAGCAGCAGAGCGCCGCCCAGGGAAUGAGGGAUGGUAUGGCGCGCGAUGCUGGUCAUAAGCGUCAGAACCAUCAGCAACAACAGCAGCAGCAACAGUCCCAGCAGCAGCAGCGUGGCGGACCCAACAAUAUGCAGCCCCAGCAGCAGCAGCAGCAGCGGAACACCAACGACUUCUACCACCAGCAGCGGGAUCGUCGCGAUUCUGGCCGUCAAAUGGACAACAACUACAGUAACAAUUACAAUAACAAUCAACGAAACAAUCGCGGCGGCGGAAACGGCAUGCAGCAACAGCGUGGCGGCGUCGGCGGUGGAGCUGGCGGUGGAGGAGGUAACGGCGGCGGUGGCCAAAACGCGUGGAAUAUGCAUCGCGGCGGUCCACAGAACUCUAACAAUAUGAACAAUAUGUCGCGUAACCGUGGCAUGGGAUCCCGAGGCCCAAUGCGACCAAAUCAGGGCUAUCGUCCGAACUCAGCCAACCAGAACAAACCUCGUAACAAGAUCAAGUUUGAGGGCGACUUUGAUUUCGAGCAGGCCAACAAUAAAUUCGAAGAGCUGCGCACCCAACUGGCCAAGCUCAAGGUGGCCGAUGAGGCAGCCAACAAGACGGCAACAGCAACUACUGAUCCAACAACAGCAGGAGCAGCAGUAGCAACAGCAACAACAGCAGCUCCAACCAAUGAACCACAGUUGAAUGGUGAGACCGACAAGAAGGACGAUUCUGGCAAUGAGACCGGCGCUGGUGAGCAUGAGCCCGAGGAUGAGGAUGUUCAUGUGGGCUACGACAAAACCAAGUCAUUCUUCGACAACAUCUCUUGCGAGGCUGCUCAGGAUCGCAAGGGCAAGAAGAAUGAUUGGCGCCAGGAGCGCAAAUUGAAUACCGAGACAUUUGGGGUUGGAUCCACACGUCGCGGCAGCUAUCGCGGACGAAACCAUUACUACAACAACAACAAUGGAAUGGGCGGAGGCGCUGGUGCUGGUAGUGGCAUGAACACGGGCUACGGCGGUGCGCCCGGCUAUAAUCGCAACAACUAUCGCAUGGGAGGUGGCGGAAACUACCGGAACCGUAGUAACAACCGGAACAGCAACAACAACGGCAACCGGGGCCAGCCGCAGCAACAGCUAAACCCAAUGCCCAAUGGCAACGUGAGCGCAGCCGCAGCGAUCAAGGCAGCCAACAAUGCAGCAGCAGCAGCAGCAGGAGGCGCUGGUGCCAAUAAUGUGGAUGCCCCUGCAACAGCCGCAGCGACAAAGUCAGCAACGUCCCUCAUGCCGGAGCAAAAGCAACAGGUGGCGGCAGUCUCACAAUAAUGUCGCCAAUCGCAGAAUCGCAAGAACAGUGGGCGGCGUCGUCCACUUUAAAUACGAAAAACGAAAGCAACUAUCCUACUCAUUGAAAAGGCUACAAAACAAAGCAAAAACUAUUCGAAAGCAACCCAAUCAACCGAAACCGACCGAUCGAUGACACACACACACACACACACAGGCUCUUAUAAUCAGGAAUUUCGAGAUACGGAUCUAACGGCAUAAAUAUAUAUUGUAUAAUUUUACUUAGUGUUAAAAUCUUCUCACGACGUCCUGCGCGCACUAUGCCCGCCAACCACCGUGCUGCAGCACAUUGCGCGAUGUAAUGCUUGAAUGAUUGAAGGCGCGAAGGAAGAGGAAGGCGUGCCAGCCGGCCAUCAGUUAGGUUUUUUGUGUAAAUGGCAGGUUGUUGUAACACUCUGAACACCCUAACCUAAGCCUGUUUAGCCAAGCGGAGAAACAGAAUCCACGGCACAGAGUGAUCCUCUGAUAACACGCGCAUGCACACACCUCCGUAUAAUUAGUAAUAGAUGUGAAAGAUAAUGUAGACUUAAGGUAUGAGAGGAUCUGCAAAACGAAACACAAACAAACAAACAAAACACACACACACAAGCAAAAUACUAAUUAGAACACACUGCGAGUCGAAAUAAUGAAAUAAAUGGAAAAAAAAAACAUACAAGAUACAAGUAAUCCAUGGAAUUCCCAGCUUAAGUAAAAGCUAAGUUCACAUUUUUCAAUUGGAUACGAAAAAGAGAAAAAAAAAACCAAAACCCUUAACCCUUAAAUCGUAACCCUUAUUGUAAUACUGUAUUCUUUGUGGGGCGUAAAACAGAAAACAGCGACAGACUUGAAACGUUUUACUAGCAUUUAAUCUAUGAUUUAAGACCAUUUUAAAGAUGAACAUGAAAAAUAAAAUCAGCAAUGCGUAUUGCAAAUUGUAUUAAAAGCACAAUUUCCGAAAUGUUGGCAGCAG